AUAAAAAUAAAAAAUCUAUCAUAUUCAAAAUGACACUGUUAAAAUUAAAAGCUGCUCGAAUCGUAGUACUUGAAGACUAUGAAAAUACAAACCAUUUACCUUUAAUCCAAGAGUUAAUACCUCAAGAUAAAACUGUAUUGCAUAUGUUUUGUUAUGAGCAGCCUAUAUCUCUUUGGAAAAAUGUGUUUAAACAUAAUUCACGCGUAAUUUAUCAUCAAGAACUAAAUGUGAAUGAUCUAGACAAGUAUACAAGUGAAACCUGUUCAAUUUUAAUCGAUUCAGUGAACCAAAUAUCACUUAGCAAUGGAUGGACUAAUUAUUUAAAAGUGAUUAAACAUCUGAAAGCUAGUUCUAAUGUUAUUAAACUUAUAUUCAUAUUGCAUGUAGACUGCCUAUCUUCUGUCUCUAAACUAAGAAUAAAUUUAAAUCACAUAGCGAAUGCAGUUAUCACUUAUAAUUCCACAACUUCAUGUCAAGUGCACAUUUUAAUGAAAAAGAGUGGUAAAGUUGUGAAAUGUGAUGAAAUGUUAACAUAUGAUACUAAAACUAGCACUCUAAAACUCAUGCCAAUUGUUAAAGAUAAAGGUGAUGAAAGUGAACCGGUUAAACCUGAACCAGAAAAAUUAACAACAUUUAAAAUUGAAGUUGAUCAGACAGACAAACUUGAGAAAUAUAAACUUAAACUCCCAUAUAUGAGCAAGAUAAAUCAGGGAGAAAGUAAGAUCUACUAUGAGCCAGACGCUGUGGAUGACUGGGAUGAAGAAGACCCUGACGAAGAUCUAGACCUAUAGUUAAAUAAACAUAUUUUUGUUUCUUG